CAAAAGAGGAAGCAGGCAGAGCAGAUAUGUGAAAGCGAGAGAGCGAUAUUCAGCCAGCGCUGACUACAACGUCGCGACGCUGUCGACGUCUCCUUUAUUUGACGUCGAAUCGUCGCUGCGGCUGGCUGUGUUAAAAUAUACAUACUAGACAAGUAGACUGCGCUGCCUGCUGCAUUCUUGGAACAAAAUUUCACUGUUGGCAGCGACUGAGGAAUAAAAUUGAACGUCGACGUCGCGACGUUUCUUCCUCGAAGAAGACCAAAUCAAAAUAAAAACAAAUAAACUAUAAAGGGUGCGUGCGCGCCAAUUAUUUAACAACAAUUAGCAAACGAAAGAAACAAAUGCACACGCUUAGUGCAGCCAUCGAGAUGGACAAACUGGAUGCCAACCUGGAGCAGCAGUUUGAUCUCAAUCUAAUUGAGGCGGUCAAAAUGAAUCCCGUUAUAUACGAUCGCUCACAUUACAAUUACAAGCAUUUUGUACGCAAGGCUCAAACCUGGAAACAAAUUGCCGAAACACUCGGCGUAAGUGAACAAAAAUGUACAAAGCGAUGGAAGAGCCUUCGUGAUAAGUUUGCGCGCGAAAUGAAAUUGUGCCAAGAAUCGCGCUGGCGCUACUUCAAACAGAUGCAGUUCCUUGUCGACUCCAUCAGGCAGUACCGGGAAUCGCUGUUGGGUAAGUGCGCCAAUGGCAGUCAGAAUGCCAGCCAGGUGGCUGAUCCCAGCCAGCAACAGCAGGCGCAACAACAAACUGUCGUCGACAUCUUUGCCCAACCUUUCAAUGGAAGCGCCACAACGUCCGCACAGGCUCUGACACAUCCGCAUGAAAUAACUGUUACCGGUGAUGCACAGCUGGCAACUGCUGUGGGCAAGGACCAGAAGCCAUAUUUCUAUGAGCCGCCGCUGAAGCGUGAGCGGAGCGAGGAGGAGCACAGUGAUAAUAUGCUGAACACCAUCAAGAUAUUCCAGAAUAAUGUCUCGCAGGCGGUCAGUGCCGAGGAUCAAUCGUUUGGCAUGGUUGUCACCGAUAUGCUCAACACGCUGGGCGUGCGACAAAAGGCCGAGGCGAAGGUGCACAUCAUCAAGUAUCUGACGGAUAUGCAACUGCUGGCGCAGCAUAAUAAAUAUUAACUGUCGGGCUGUUUGCAACAUUACCAGCAGCGACAAUUGCUGCAACAGCUGCAGUUGGAGAAUGUCCUGGACUCACGAUGGUUACUCUAAGCAGCUAUAUACAACAACAACUACAACAAACACAUGAAGAUCCCAAUUAAGAUGUAUUUUUAUAGGGUAACGUGUACAACACUUGUUGCCCUCUUUUGAGGUAGCUAUUUUGACAGCGCCCCUCUCUGAGAGCCGAGAGAGCACUUAAAAAUUUGAAAAACACGCCACCUUAUAUGAAUUCAUCUUGAUCCCAAUAACAGGCGUCGCCUGUUGUCGUCUUUUAGCAACUAAGUCUUAAAAGUCAAACUAAAGUUUAAAAAUUAGUUAUUACGAGUAAACAACAAAAACAAAUGGAUGAAAGAAAACACUUCACUUACAUAUAUACAUAAAUACAUUAUAAUUCAGAAUUACGAAUUCCAAUUACGUUAUCUCAAAUCGUAUAUAUAUAUAUAUUAAUUCAUAUAUAUUCCUUGAUUUGUCGUAGUUGAUCGCAAUUCAAUUCUCUCUCACCCAGUUUAGAUGUGUACAAAAUGCAAGGAAACAAACUAAAAAAUGAAAAUGAAAUGAAACUGGUUCUAGAAAUCGACAAUUUAUUGUAUGUAGUUUGUGAGACAAUUUACAGUGUUUUCCCCAAUAUUUUGUAAUACAGCAUAUUGUAUAUUUUUGACAACCAUUUAGUUUAAACAUGCCAUCGGGUUUAGUUUUGUAAUUAAAUAAGUAAAAUUGUAAAAAAAAAAAACAAAAAAGAAAAAAAAACGUUGUUAUAAUUUUAUAAGUUCUGUUGUAAUAUGCUUAAAACGCUUGAAAUUUAAUUUAAUUAAGUAUGAUUUCUUUAGACACAUACAAACACAUAUAAAUAUUGAUAAAAAGCGCAUAUUACACAAUUACUUGAAUAUAUUUUCUCCAUAAUUAUUAUUUCUAAAUCAAUGCCGAAAGUCAGCACAGUGUGUAGUUUCACUGCAAACAAAUAUUGUUCAACAUUUCAAUUUACAUAAAUGUUUUAAUAUACAUGAAA